CCUAAGUAUCACUGUGGCCUACUACUUCAUCUUAGGAAUACUGCCAGGUUAGGUUUGUUGAGAGGCAACUGAAUAUAUCCUGACAAUGGGGAGAAUCAUGUGCUUCAUAACAGUUUCUGAGCACAUCGGGGUGAUGGGGAAAGCAGGAACACAGUGGAUUUCUUAAGAUCCAUCACAGAUAGCUGCUAUGGUAGAAUUUGCAUGCUGAAGAUUUAUACAUCCUAUCUCUCAUCUAUCAGACACUCAUCCCUUGUCCUCUUACCUAUACUCCUACCAACUUCCUCUGACUGCAGGCACUAUGCCUAGGGGUCAAAAGAAUAAGCAUCGCAACCGUACGAAGAAUAAAAAACGCAACCGUGAGAAAUGUCAUCAUGAAAGAGAUUAUUCUCAGGAUCACAAGGGAGCCCUGGAUAGUGCAGCAGUGGAGGAAAAGCCUUCCUGCUCUUCCUCUUCUGUGCUUGGGGAAAUUUCUGAGAAGUCACCUGCUUCUGAAUCAAGUAGUGCUACUAUUGAGUGGCCUUCCUGUGUACCUUUACCCAUCACUACUAGCAAUGAUGAUACAGAAUUUGAUGAGAGUGAAUACUGCCAUAAUGCGGGACACUCGCUUCACUCAGAAUAUCAACCUUGCCAUGAUAAUCCAUGCAAAGAUUGUCUAGAUAUGUAUGUGGCUUUCGUAGAGCAGUGUGUACUCUACAAAUUUAAAAUGAAACAACCCAUUACUAGAGAAGAUUUACUAAAUGUUAUUGGCCCAGAGUACCAGUUCAGAUUUCAGGAAAUAUUUAAGAGAGCUUUUGAGCACAUUGAAAUUGUGUUUGCAGUUGAUGUGAUAGAAAUUGACUCAACUAAUCACUUAUAUGACCUAGUCAGCAAGAUAAAACUCCCCAACAAAGGAAGGGUUUGCCCUGGCAGGGGUUUACCAAAAACUUUUCUUCUUAUGACUCUGCUGGCUCUGAUUUUGGUGAAGGGUAACUCUGUUGCUGAGAAAGAGGUCUGGAAAUUCCUGAAUAUGAUGCAAGUGUACCCAGGGAGGAAGCAUUUCAUCUAUAGAGAGCCCAGGAAGCUCAUCACUAAAGAUUUUGUGAAACUCGAGUACCUGAAGUACCAGCAGAUACCCAAUAGUGAUCCUCCACAAUAUGAGUUCCUUUGGGGUCCAAAAGCUUACAAUGAAUCUAUCAAGAUUUUAGAAUUUAUUCGUAAACUCAGUGACAUUGAACCCAGUCAGUUUUUGACACAACAUGCAGAAACUGAGAGAGAAGAAACUGGAGCAAAUCCUGACACUAAUGCCAGGCCAAAACCAUCACCAUGUCCAGAAGGUUCUGAAACCUCAGUAAAUCAUGAGACUUUAUCCUCAGAUAAGAAAACACAACAUCACAAUUGAUGUUUUCUUUGAAGCAAGAGAGAAAAUCACAAGGAACAAGAGAAUGUAAUAUCAAUUAAUAAAGAAUGACCAAUGAGGA